AUGCGCGUGAGUAUCAGCAUCCACAGAAACUACAUGGUAGAAGCUGCUUCACUAGACAACCAUGCCAUCCUCGACCAUGCAUUCCUGGAUCUUGUCCAGAACUUGAGGCAUCACGAGGCUCAGGUGAAGACGUUGCAGCGCAAGGUCAGAAGUGCUUCUGAAUUGGUCUCGAGGUUUUUGGAUCUCAGCAACAGCACUGCUCUGAAAAAUCUAGCACUAGCUUCUGCCCGCGAGAAUGCUGUGAUGCAUGAGCUUACGAAAAAGACUACUCAAGACGCGGCAACAGUCAAGAUUCUUACCGUCCUGACUCUCAUUUAUCUUCCGGCAACAGUCAUCUCGAACUUCUUCUCGACUUCUUUCGUCAACAGUGUCACUAGGCCGGACGGAAGCACAUUCCUCGUGGUCGCCAGCAAUUGGUGGAUUCUUUUUGCUGCCGCCUUACCGCUCACGGGAAUCACCAUAUACGUGUGGAAGUUCUACGUGCACAAAGAGAUCUCCGGACAGUAUCCUGCUUGGUGGAGGCUCGUGCAGCGAGGCUACAAUAACGUGGUCUCGGUUGCGUUGCGCACUCGACGCCAGCGAGACAACUCGUUUGAAUGA